UUGCGGCAAAUGUCAGUGUUCGGCCAAAAUUCGUAGCACAAAAUUUGAGUUUUGAAAAAUUUGUAGAGUCCUGCCCCGAAAAUGUGCAGUGCGUGCUGUAAGUCCUGCAAGGCUCCGCCAGGAUGCUCCCGAUGUCCACCCAUGUGCUGUAGUCCGGGUAUCAGCUACUGCAUCUUCGAUCUGGAGAGCGCCGUUUUCGACACCCGUCAUGUCUACAAGAGAGCCGUAAUUGAGCUGGCUUCGAGUUACAACCGGUCAGUGCCCGAAGCGGUGCUGAUACAGUGUGGUCCCAUGGAAACCGCUGAGAUGGCCGAGAUGAUCUGCCGGAAGUGCGAUCUGCCCGUCAGCUGGGAGUCCUUUCGCUUCCAGCUGAAUGAGCGAACCUCCGACCUGAUUGCCAAUCCCACGCUGAUGCCCGGAGUGGAGCGGCUGGUCACCCACUUGGGCAAGUGCUGUAUGGGUCUGGGACUGGUCACCUCGUGCUCCGAGUCAAUGUACUGCACUAAGAUCCGGGAUAAGGAGCACUUCUUCGACAGCUUUUCAUCGGUGAUCUGCUCCGACGAUGCGGACUUGAAGGCCUCAAAGCCCGAGCCGGAUGUCUACCUAAUUGCCAUGAGACGGCUGGGCGAUGCUGGACCGGAUUGCACCCUGGUCUUCGAUGGCACGCCCAAGGGAGUCCAGGCCGCGACGGAUGCCCGACUGCCGGUGGUCAUGCUGGCCGAGAAGGACCUGCCCUGCUGCUGGUCGGAGCUGGCCACGUUGCGCCUGGAAACCCUGGAGCAGUUCGAUCCGGAGGAGUUCCAUAUGCCGCCGUACAGCUGCACGGAGCCGCCUCCUCGAAAGUCCAAGUCUCCAAGUCAACGUGGUUCCCAAAAAUCCAUGGGAAGUCUGUUCAGUUCCGCUGCCAUGAAGAAAGGUGCUGCGGAUGCGGAAGCCGACGAGGGGGAGGAGGAGGAAGGCGAAGGCGAAGGUCAGGAGGUUGCCUAGUUGAACUUGCACCGGAUUUUACUGUAUUGGAUUGAGUCGUUUGGAUUCAAGCUGCCUGGCGUUUGUAAUGCUUUCACAUUUAGUAAAAGCAAUCUACUCGUA